AUGAAGAGUAUGGGCCUAGGCGAUCCCCGAGCGUUCCCUUUCCUGGAGCCGCCCCCUCAGGCCAGCCUGGAGGCAGCCCUGGGCUACCUAAAGCAUCAGGGUGCCCUGGACUCAGCAGAGGCCCUGACGCCCAUUGGGACUCUCCUGGCUCAGCUGCCAGUUGAUGUGGUGAUUGGGAAGAUGCUGGUGUUGGGGACGCUCCUGGAUCUGGCUGCCCCGACGCUCACCAUUGCCGCUGUCCUCAGUGUGCCCUCUCCCUUCCUGAACAGGGCCGGUGGGCGCAGCAACCUGGACUGCCUGGCGGCCCGGCGAAGCCUGAGGAGCCUACUGGGAGACCCCCUGACCCUUCUGAACAUCUUCAACGCCUGGGUCCAGGAGAAAGCGGCCAAUCGUCGAGGAUCCCAGCGGUGGUGCCGGCGUCGGGGCCUGGAGGAGCAUCGGCUCUACGAGGCAGCCAAUCUGCGGCGCCAAUUUCAGGAAUUGCUGCGAGACCACCAGCUGCUGGGCCCUCCUACUCAGCCUUGCACCACCUACGCCCGACAGAGGCGGCGGCGGGAACAUCAAGAGCUGCGCAGAUUAAAGCGGGAGCAUGAGCAAAGGGGCGGGCGCCGGCGGAAGCUGUUGCGGCUGCAGGAGGAGGAGGAGGACCAGCAGGAAGGAGGAGGGUCCGGUUUAUCUGGGGAAGAGGAGAAGGGCAGUUCCUGCCCAGACAUCCAGGAUGUGAAUUUCCAGCUGCGGCACGAUAUGGAGGAGCUGCAGGCAGCUGCCAGUGAAGCCCAUGGGCUCUCAGCUAGCCAGCUGUCUCUGCUGCAGCUGGCGCUGGCCCAGGGCCUUUAUCCUCAACUGGCUGUCCCUGACCCCUUCAACGAGAGCCGCAAGGAUUCGGAACAGAUCUUCCACACAAGAGAGAAAGCCGGCCUUGUCUUGCACCCGACCAGUGUUUUUGCGGAUGCCCCAGAGCUGCUGCAUUCAGACUCCAAGGCUGGCAGGGACCCAGGAAAGGUGAAAGAGCUGAGCUAUGACUCCAAGGCCAAGCUACAUCGCCUCCAGGAGUUCUGGAUCAGCCGAGCCAGUGCUGAGCAACGCAAGGGCCGGGCAGGCCGGACUGGGCCCGGAGUCUGCUACCGCCUCUAUGCUGAAUCAGACUAUGACAAUUUUGCCCCUUAUCCAGUGCCAGAGAUCCAGCGGGUGGCACUGGAUGCCCUGAUUUUACAGAAUGGGGAUGGGGUGGGGUAG